AUGGAUAACGAUAAUGAUGGUGAUGAUGAUAGUGAUGAUGAUGACGAUGAUGAUGAUGAUGAUGAUGAUGAUGAUGAUGAUGAUGAGAAAAGACGGUGCACACAGUGCGGAUAAGA